AUGAGCGUAAACGUAAAUCGUAAUGUGAGUGAUGCAUUCUAUCGGUAUAAAAUGCCUAGACUUAUGGCCAAAGUCGAGGGCAAAGGUAAUGGCAUAAAAACAGUCAUUGUCAACAUGGCUGAAGUGGCCAAAGCAAUAGGAAGACCGGCUACAUGUAAUUGAUUGAUAAACAUUUAUAUCCUAUAUAAUGGAAAUAUAUUAAUCUAACUUAUUUAUUGUUUAUUUUUAUUAGAUCCAACUAAGUUCUUUGGCUGUGAAUUGGGCGCUCAAACUCAAUUUGAUUUUAAACAUGAUAGGUUUAUUGUAAAUGGAGCUCAUGAUGCUAGUAAACUUCAAGUAUGCAAAUAUUGAAAUUUACUUUAUUAUAUUUUAACUAUGCGCAUAAUUAUUUAAUAUUAAUAACAAUUCUGUUUUAGGAUCUUUUAGACGGUUUUAUUAGAAAAUAUGUUUUGUGUCCGGAAUGUGAUAAUCCAGAAACCGAAUUAAUGAUUAGUACUAAAAAAGGAACGAUACAUCAAGGUUGUAAAGCUUGUGGAAAUUAUUGCUCUUUGGAAUCUAAUCAUAAACUGAACGCUUACAUAUUGAAGAAUCCACCAAGUGUGUUAUGUUUUAUUUAUUUAUUUAUUAUAAUUGUGAAUUUUCAAUUUUAUUUAUUUAUUUAUUCAUAUUCAGUUUUUAAAGGCCAUUAAGGCUCAUUGUCGCAACAUAUAUCUGUUUCCACCCUCUAACCUGAGUCUUGAAUUCUUGCUGACUUAGUCUCUGUGCUUUUGUUUAAAGUUACCAUUUCAGAACCUGCCAUUAUUUCUUCUGAUAUACAUAUGUGACUAGGUCAAUAUAAUUCUUCCGUGUCUCAGAACUGUUCUUAUAAGUAGUUCCUUGUAUAACUGUUGUAAUUUUGUAUUUGUCCUUAUAUUGUAUUAUUUAUUGAAUGAUAUCAUUUUGUUUUGGCCCUAUUGUAUUAUUUGUCUUUUUUAAAUUACUGCUAUUUUGUCUUAAUCCCUUUUGGCUGUCAGCCAUAUAUUGUGCCUAUACAAGAGAACUGGUCUAAAAACUACAUUGUAUAAUAUGGUUUUUUAUUUAAGUGAUAAUUGUUAUGAUUUGAAGUUAACUGUUAGACCAUAAUAGUACUUAUUUACUGCUUGUUUUUAAUCGAUUUCAUCAUGGUUGUUAUUUGUAUCAUUUAUCUUAAAACCCAAAUGAACUUAUAAAUUCUUGCCUCGAGGUAUUCUCUACGAAUAUCCUAUAAUCUAAAAAUCACCAUAUAAUUGAUCUUUGGUUCAUUUAUUUAUAGUCCAAUAUUUACCUAAUUUUUACUCUGGUCUUAAAAUGAUGAUGUCUUUUGCAUAAUAUGCUAGUAUUCCACACUUGCUUACAAUGUUAAAUCCUCUAGUUAUUCUGUGUUUCUCUAAUGGUUAUUUUAGUGAUACAUUGAUAAAUAUCAAUGACGGGCAAUUUUUUUCUGCCUGUGGUUCCAUUAGAGUAAUUUCAACCUUAAACUCAAUUAGCAUGUGCUGGUUAAAUUAAUUUUUUCACAUUAUUCUAUUGAUACCUAAUUAAUCAAUCUUAAUAUUUUUCUAUUUACCGAUUUGUAUGGCAGUAUAAUUUUUAGUCCCCAAUUGAAUUAAUAGUGUUUUUUUUCAACUAACAGCUUGAUUAUGAGAACUUCAUUUAUGGUUGAUUUACACUCCAUAAAUCCACAUUGAUAAUAUUUUUAGUUUAUUUAGUAUAGAAAUGGAUAAAAAAAAUUCUCUUUCAUUAAUUUUGCUCUAUACUUAAAUUUAGUUUGCUUAAAAAAAAUGUUAAGGUUAGGUUAUGCAUUUCAAACAUUUUUUCCAUUUCUUGCAGUCAAAUUUAUUUUCUUAUUGUACUGUUAGGUUUCCUUCUCUAAAUUUUAAGUGUAUAUUAUUCACUUACUAUUAUUAUUUUAUCUUUUUCUAAUUUCUAUAUUUUCUAUCUCUGUUGCUACUUUUUUUUUUUAUUAAGUUUAUUAUUAUAUUUGUUGAUACAUAUUUACAUUUCUUUUCAUUUCAGAUUUAAAUCCAGCUGCUCAAGGAUCAUCAUUAACCGAAGGAAAACGAAAUAAACGGUCUAAGAAACAUGGGGGUGAAAAUGGCGAAGGUGGUAGAUCAAGUUCUCCAGAAGAAGGAAAUUCAGAAUUAAUUGUUCAAGCUCCUGAAAAAUUAGCUGAGGACAAUGUAAGGUUUUAAUUUCUCUAUAAUACAAUAAUUUAUUACAUUUUGUUUAAAACUCAGGAUGGUGAUGAUAAAUGGGCUGUUGAUGUCUCUGAAGAAGCAGUAAGAGCUCGUAUGCAAGAUUUGACUGAUGGUGCUAAAGGGUUAACAAUUGAUGAAGAUACAGAUAAGACUGAAAAAGAACGAAUGGAUAUAUUUUACAACAAAGUAUGUUAUGUUAUAACUUUAUAAUAGUUUUAUAUUCAAAUUUGACAAAAAUCUUCCCAUUAUUAAUGCUGUUUUAUAAUUAUCUUAUAAAUGUGUGAUUUAUUAAUCAAUAUAAUUUUGUAUAGGUUCAAAAGGCACGAGAUUCUGGAUCAAUUAUAGCUAGAGAACUUUUAGCUGAAGCUGAACGUUUAGAAGUAAAGAGUAAAGCUACAUUGGUGUUGGCUGAAUUAUUAUUCGAUGAAAAAAUUCAUUUGCAGGUAAAUAUUUUCUUUUUUAUUAUUAUUUAUAUUCUUAUUGAUUUUAAAUAUAUUUAGUUGAAGAAACAUCGUGUCUUGUUCUUACGCUUUUGUCAUGAGGAUCAAAAAGCUCAACGAUAUUUGUUAGGUGGUAUUGAACAAGUAAUUGGACUCCACAAGAACAGUUUACUGCCAAAAGUCGCUGCAAUAUUAAAGGUAUGUUUUAUGUUAAAUCUGGUGUGAAUAUUUUUUUUAUUUAUGUUUAUUAAUGUUGAGCCUAGUUAUUCUAUGAUGCCGAUAUUUUGGAAGAAUCUAUUUUAUUGGAUUGGGCUAGUAAGAUUAGUAAGAAGUAUGUGUCUAAAGAAUUAAGCCAGGAAAUACACAACCAUGCUAAUCAGUUCAUAACCUGGUUACGUGAAGCUGAAGAGGAAGAAGAAAGUGGAGAAGACAGUGAUGAUGAUGUUGAGGUAAAAAUAAAAGCAAAUAUGUACAUCACUAAGGGAUGCCUUAUAAAACAAUUGUUUUCAUCAUUUAAUAUGUUUCGUUAAUAACAUAAGUUGUAUAUUACUUUAUUUUUCUUAUUUAAUAUAUAUAACUUCUUAUAUUUUAUUUUAUAUUUGAGAAUUGUUUUUAUUUUCACUCAAAGUUACACUAUUUUCUAGUGGAAUUAUCUUCAUAAAAAAAGAUAUAUUUACUAAUUAAUUCAAUUUUUUUUUUCAGAUCGAGUAUAAUGAUCGUAUUAAUUACACUAGCGCAUUAAAAGCACAACCUAAACCACCUGUCACCAAACCCGUAAUUGAAGAUGAUAAUGAAGAUGAUGUUGAUAUUGAUGCCAUCUGA